AUGUGGAUGCAGGAUAAACCUCUGCUACAGGAGGAACUUGCAGACAGCAUGUCACAGCUUAUCCAUGUGAUUCAGAAUACAGAGGCUCGACACCUGUUCAUUCAGACAUUUUGGCAAACUAUGAACCGUGAAUGGAAUGGGAUAGACAAUCUGCGUCUUGAUAAGUACUAUAUGCUAAUGCGUAUGAUUUUGAGGCAAUCCUUUGAAGUGCUGAAAAGAAACGAAUGGGAUGAAAGUCUGAUUGAACUCUUCCUGCAGCUACUAAUGAAAGAAGUUAUGGACCCAGACAGCAAUGCUCCCACUGGGAUAAAGUUACAUUUCAUUGAUAUCUAUCUGAGUGAAUUGGCUAAAGUUGGUGCAAAAGAGCUCACAGCAGACCAGAAUCUCAAGUUCAUUGAACCUUUCUGCAAAAUUGCUGCCAAAUCAAAGGAUCGAUGCGUGCUGCAUGCUGUAGCCACUGGUAUCUUUGAGGUCAUUGUGGAUCAGUCCCCCUACGCCAUCGAGGACCUAAUGAAAGAACUGGCUAGCAACAAUGAUGAGGAGGAAGUGUCUGAAGAAGACAAACAGGAAAAUGAAGAGGUGCUUAAAACCAAAGACAGAUGUUUGUCAAGAAAAUCAGCACAGAGCUCUGAAAAAACAGAGGCUGUUUAUGAAAAUGCUGAUGAUGGUAUUGGGACUGUUCUUCAGUUUGAUUAUAAGGCUGUUGCUGACAAACUCUUUGAGUUGGCGAGCAAGAAAAAUACACCUUCCCUUAACAGAAAGCGUCUGUACAAGCUGGUCAAAAAGUUCCAGGACUUAGCAGAAGGAAUCUUCCCCCAAGAUUUUCCCGAAGAUGUUUCUACAGAUGAAGACGAUGAUGAAUUGAGCAGGGGAAGGCGAAAGAAAAAAGCUGUCAAGCCUUGGGAGAAAAACAAGUUGGAAAAAGUAACAGAGGAUGAACAGGACACGUCAAGUGCGAAUGAGGCAUCAGUUCCCCAGAAGAAAAGGAAAAAAAGGAAGAAGAGGGACAGCCCAAGUGCUGAUUCUGGAACAGCUGAUGGAAAUUGUGAGGAAGGAAUAGCUGAAACAUCUGGAUCUAAUGUUUUUAGCCAGGGAAAGGUGCCAAAAAAUAACAAGGAAAGGAAGAAAAAGAAAUUGCUAGUAAAUGAGGCAAAUGAGACCACAAAUGUAGCAGCUGACACCAGAGAAAAUCACAGUAUCUCUGCACAGAACCAUCCGAUGGACGCAGAACAGAGUAAAAAGAGUCAGUUGAAGAAAAUGAAUCGAAAAGUGCAAAAUGUUCCUGUAAAGCCAGCGUGUCAGAAUGGACCAGCUAAUGCCAGUGGGGCAGAGGAUGUCAGCCCGUUUGUCACACCGUUAACUCCAAAGGUUGUGAAAAAGAAACAGAAAGCAGGGGCUGUCUUGGUGAAUGGGAAUACCCUUUUGCAGCAGACUGACGUGAAAUCCAACAAGGAGGGCUUGCUGGGGACUCUGUCAGGAGACGCAGACUCUGAAUCUGCACCCUCCAGACAGGUCAAAUUGAAGACAAAGCUUGUUGGUUUGGAAGGGAUGAAGGUCUCCAGUCAGAAAGCAGCAACCUUGAAAAAGAAAAGAAAAGUAAAAGAGGUGUUAAACUCUGUCGAAGCCAAUGGAGUUCUGGAGACUGCGUGCAAAAAAAGCAGGAGGGGG